CUAUUACUUCCAUAAAGCUAAUUAUUACUAGUACUUUGCUACUAGGAAGCACUUAAAGGGUGACUGGUGAGGGAGAUGACAAUGGCUGUACACAUGAAAAAAUACGUAACAAAUCCAUCAAUUUUCAAUUCAAUCAUCCCAAUAGCUCGCCAAUUUUUCUCCACAUCAUGUGCAAUAGCAGCCUUAGAAUCAAAACCAGAAGUGGUACGCAAAUUAUUUGGUGUUAUACAAGACAAAGAUCUUAUGAAAAAGGCUCCAAAUGGUGAACUUUUAGUACUAUAUCUUAUUGACAAUGGCGCAAUGGACUCAGAUGCAGGUUUAUAUAACCAGCUUAUAAAGAAAUGUACUGAAUGGAAACGGUUAAAAGAAGGGAAAAUGGUACAUGAACACUUUUUGAGGUCGAGAUUUAGUCAUUAUAUUGUUCCUAAUAACACAUUGAUUAAUAUGUAUGCCAAAUGUGAGAGUAUGGGUGAUGCACGCAAGGUGUUUGAUGAAAUGCCUGAAAGAGAUAUGGUUUCUUGGACUGCAUUGAUUACUGGGUAUUCGCAGAAUGAGGGUGCUGACGUGGCGUUGGGUUUGUUUAUUGAGAUGUUGAGGUUUGGGUUUAAGCCGAAUCAGUUUACGUUUGGGAGUGUAAUAAAGGCUGCUGGAGCGUUGGACAGUAGUGGAACGGGGAGGAUAUUACAUGGGAGUUGUGUUAAGUUUGGAUAUGAAGAGAAUGUUUAUGUUGGGAGUGCUCUUGUUGAUAUGUAUGCAAGGUGUGGAUUAAUGGAUGAAGCGAAAAUCGUUUUUGAUAAGUUAAGUUGCAAGAAUGAGGUUUCUUGGAAUGGUUUGAUCGCUGGUCAUGCGAGGAAAGGCGAGGGAGAGAUUGCGGUGAAGCUUUUCUCUGAGAUGAAAAGAGGCGGUUUUCAGCCGACCCAUUUUACGUUUUCUAGUGUUUAUGCAGCUUGUGCAAGCAUUGGAGCUUUAGAGCCCGGGAAAUGGGUGCAUGUGCAUAUGAUCAAGUCGGGGUUGGAACUUAUUGCUUUUAUUGGGAAUACUCUGCUUGAUAUGUAUGCCAAGUCUGGUAGCCUUGAUGAUGCUCGAAAGGUUUUUGAUCGUUUAGUGAAAAAGGAUGUUGUUUCUUGGAACUCAAUGCUUACCGCCUAUGCUCAGCAUGGACUCGGAAAAGAAACUGUAGAUUGCUUUGAGGAAAUGCGUAGGAUAGGACCUGAACCUAAUGAAGUGACUUUUCUUUGUGCUCUUACAGCUUGCAGUCAUGCUGGGCUUCUAGACAAAGGAAUGGAUUAUUUUGAAUUGAUGAAGAAAUUUAAGAUAGAACCUAAUAUUUCACAUUACGUGACUGUUAUAGAUCUACUUGGUCGAUCAGGUCAACUUGACCGUGCUGUAAAGUUCAUAAAUGAAAUGCCAAUUGAACCAAAUGCAGCCGUUUGGAAAGCUUUGCUUGGAGCUUGUAGGAUGCAUAAAAAUUUGGAGUUGGGUGUUUAUGCAGCUGAACAUGUGUUUGAACUUGAUCCCUAUGAUUCAGGGCCACAUGUUUUGCUGGCCAACAUCUAUGCCUCUGCUGGUAGGAGAAGUGAUGCUGCAAGAGUUAGAAAAAUGAUGAACGACGGUGGAGUCAAGAAAGAACCUGCUUGUAGUUGGGUGGAGAUUGAAAACGCUGUUCAUAUGUUUGUAGCAAAUGAUGAUGCCCAUCCACAGAGAGAGGAGAUCCGUAACAUGUGGGAUAAGAUAACUGAUAAAAUUAAGGAAAUUGGCUAUGUCCCAGACACUAGCCACGUGCUUUGGUUUACUGAUCAGCAGGAGAGGGAAGAGAGGUUGCAAUACCAUAGUGAACGACUUGCUUUAGCAUUUGCACUUCUCAAUUCUCCACCUGGAUCCCCUAUCCGAAUAAAGAAGAACAUCAGAGUUUGUGGUGAUUGCCAUACUGCAUUUAAGUUUGCUUCAAAGGUGGUGGACAGAGAAAUCAUCUUGAGAGACACAAAUCGGUUCCAUCAUUUUCGUAAUGGUUCUUGUUCCUGUGGGGACUACUGGUAGUGCUAAAAUAGUUUCCCAUAUAUCCAAUAGUUAACCAUCUAAGACUCAUUUAAAUUAAAUGUGGUAACGUGAAAUCAUUUUGGACUUGACUAUCAUGUAGGACAUUGUUGGGAUAGGAUGAUGCAUUUUUUCCUACCAAAAUUGCUUAUUGGCUUAUACACAAGCAUCUUUUGUAUAUACAGCCAUCCAUCAAAUGGAUUAGAGGUUCUUUUUGCCUUGUAAGGCUGGUUUUGACUACUUUAUUGAUUUCUAGGACAUGGUUAGAAGCAGGUUACUCUCAUGGUCUCUGCCUCUCUGAAUAGCAAAGGAAUGAUAACUUAAAGGCAAGAGGUUCUGGAAAAUACUGGUGCCAAUUGCCGAUGAUUUUUGCACUUGUUGGAGGCUUAGGGGUUAAAGACUUGGCACUACAUAACAGGUGUAUGCUAAUGAAGUGCUACUGGAGGUAUAAUCAGGAGACAACUGUCCUACGGAAGGAGGUGAUUCAAGCAAAAUUUGGUAGCACUAGGCACUGGUGCUCUAAUCAAGUUUCAACUCCUUAUGGCACAGGGGUUUGGAAAGCUAUUAGGAGUCUGUGGGAGGUCUUCUCUAGCAAAGCUUCUCUCAAGGUGGGAAGUGGGGAGCAUAUUCAGUUUUGGAAAGACACUUGUUUGGGAAACAUUCCCCUUGUGAAUGUUU